CUCACACCCUCAUCUCCCACUUCACGCACAGCUCCAUGAUCUGAGGAGCCGCUGCUCCUGCCGCUAUAGACUCGUAUACCCACCUGAACCCCGCGCCUCUUUGACGAUCACACUCACGACCACCUUACGACCUACCAAAAAUUGCGCGACGUGUUCUCGCCGCCAGAAGAUUAUUGCAGACGGCUUCACCACUCAUCCGAACACAGCAGCUGUCACAACUUUGAAUCGCCCAUCCUGCAGGCACUCUUUUCUUCGAGGCGCUCUCGAGGCGCUCGAGGGAGUUGCAGUGGCGACUGAGCUAACAUGACGUCUGGCGUGAGGGACCGAUCUACGCCUACCAGUGCGCUUGCAUCGCGUCGCAGCGUCCUCGUCAGCACUACGCCGACUGCAGGGCGUCCCCUCGCUCGACUUCCGGCCGUAGGCGCGGAGAGAGGGAAAGUAGCGCGGGUCACCCACGCAAGCAAACAAGAUGUCAGCAAUACCGUCGCAACUGUCCGUACACCCGGUGGUCUGGCUGCUAAAGUGACGGAGCUGGUGCCGCAGAAUGCUCAAGCGGCAGCAGAGCAGGCUUGGCGCGAUGAUCUCAGGUCACUCUGGGGCGAUACAGAACAACGAUUCCCGGACAUCGCAUGGACCACGAGGCCACCGGCAGGGGAGACUACUCCAGGCCCCAUAGGCAGCAGUGCACACCGGUCGGCAAAAGGACUUCACGAGGAGAUAUACGCACAUACAGCUCUUUUAUGGCUCAGAGCACCGCGUACAUUCGAAGACAAAUACUUCCGCUUGCCAAUCGCCGAAGCGCAUGUCUGCGCGCCGAGCUCCUACUCAGGGACUCAGCUCGCGGUCACUCGAUCCAGUAAUUCUGUCUCGAGAUCAGGCCUCAACUUACGGACCCGACCCAGUCUGGCUAAGAUUGGCUCCGAGGAGCGCAAGAACUUGCCGAUCAAAGACGUGAAACCUUUCAGUCUGCCAGCUGGCGAUAUCGUGCAGCUCAAGCAAGUCCUCAAGUACAUCUACACUGCUGAACUCGACAGAGAGUCCGAGCCGUUAUCAGGGGCUUUGUCGCUCGAAGAUCAGCCCAUACCGGAGACUGGAGACAAGCGUCUUGAGCGCUUAAGGGCUGACUUACUUCGAGUCUGGAAGAGUCGGCAAAGUGCAGACAUUGUUUUGCGGGUAGGUGGAGACACAGAUUCGAACGGUCCUGGCAGCGCAGAAGCCUCACCACGCCGGAGCUCUUUUGGUCUCGGUGAGCCAUCCAUAUCUACUGUCUCCCUGCCUAUGAACGAUGCCGAGGAGGAAGAGCUCCGAGGCUGCUUCUCUGCGCAUCGGGCCAUCCUCGUGUCCCGGUCGCCCUACUUUGCGUCGCAGUUCCUGUCGGGAUUUUCGGACGCUAAAGCGACAGAAGUCAACCUUCCGACGCCUCCCUUCACAUCCAGCGCUCUAUACUUCACCUUGGGCUUCAUCUAUGCCGGCAAGCUGGACUUCUCUUCCAGGGCGUUUGACUUGACGAUCGCAUUCCAGAUCUGGCGAGCAGCAGCAUACUUGCAAAUCUCGUCCCUGACAACUGUCGUGAGUAGUCUAAUCUACCAUGACUUCUGUCACAAAUUCACAUGCUCGCCGCCAUGUGCCCUCUGCCUGAAGAGAGUGCCAAGAGCUUUGGCCUUUGCGGCUGCUUCAGACGUCGGAGAUGUGGUCUUGAUUGAGCUAGCAAAGAAGGCUCUCUCUGGCCGACACUUUGGUGCUUACUGGGCGCGAGAGGUGGGCUCGAUGACGAGCGCACUCAGAACAUCCAUCGUGGAGUCCAUAAAGCGGACGAUCAAUCUCGAGCCGGGAGCCUGCGUUUGGGUGUUGAAGCAGAUCAUGGAGGUCUCGGCACGACUCGAAGCUACACGCAGCCACAAAUGGACAGACAAUGUGCGAGAGAUGGUGGACAGCGUCGAGCACCACAUCAAGUUGCGAUUGGAGACUACGUUUGGGGACGUCAUUGGCAGCGAGGACUGGGAGAAGCUCGUCAACGGAAUCGGUCUGCUCACCGACGUGCUCGAUCGGAUGUUAGACAUGCUCGUCUCUGCUCUACAGGAGAACACGGCUGCCCACACAUAUCAGAGACUUGUCCGAGAUGUUCUCGAGAAAGGCGAAGACGGACUGGAGGCUGGUGCUUGCCGAGAUCGAAUAGAAGCUGCUCGUUGCCGAAUACUGGCAUAUCUACAGAAGCGUUGGAUCAAUAUACGAGCUCUUCGCGGCUUCAAUGAAGCUGAAGACUGGGUACUGAAGGCAGUAGCCGAUGGGCUCGACAUCAUGCCCAAGGAUCUUCUCCUUAAAGAAGGUACAGCAAAGACGUUGCGUGCAACUACAACAAAAUUAGAUUCGAAGACCACCACACGAACGGCUGUGCCUAGCCGAACAACAGCCACGCAAGCUCCGUUAAGACCCACAGCACCAGUCAGAUCAGUAGUGGCACCGACCAGUAGAGCCAACAUCGCCGCAUCUAGCACUUCCAGAGCGAGCACAACAGAUCGUAGUGCAGCGACUCGUCCAGCUGUACCGGCAUCUCGUAUUCGCGCGACACCAACUUCCACGUCGUCUGUACGUUCUGCGACCCCAUCUCAGCCGGCUGUCGGCAGCUCCACCAGAGGUACCACGGCUUUGAAUCGUGGCCAGACUGCUCUGAACCGUGGUCAGAAGACUACGAUUGCCACAGCGCCCUCGGCACAGACAAGGACCGCUCUGCCAGCCAGAGCACCGCGCACAGCUGACCCGCCCAAGGCUCAGGAGACUUUCACGAGACGGGAAAGAACUUCGGGCACGCUGACGAAGCCUGCAGCCCAGUCGUCUGUGUCUUCACCAGCGCCCUGCCGCAGUCCUCAACAGAGACCAGAUGUUGUUGUAUGCCAAAGCCCCGCCGAAUCUAUGGAAGGGGCAGAGACACCACGGAGUCUGGUCGACUCCAUCGAUCAGCCCCCUUCCCCCAAAGGAAAGGAGACUACAACAGGAUCCAGAGUGGCGCUUCUUGCUGCACGCUUUUCUGGUGACGGUCUACCCUCUUCCAUGCCCGGCGAUCAAAGGUCACGCAAGCUCUCCGCAGUUGACACUCCGCAGACUGUUGAUCACAAAUCUGUGAUCAAUGCAGAAAGCGGUCAAAAGAGCCAGACCGAGGAGUCAGGUAUCGAGCGGAGUAUCCUCCUACCAUCAGAUGCGACUGUGAACGCCGGAGAGAAUAAUCGUGACACUGCCAUGUCUUCCCCAGUGCCCACUGCGGCGCUUGCUCUGCCCACUCCGUCAAUGGCUAUACCAGUGCAACGUCACAGCUCCUCGCCAGUUCGCUUUUUGCCGCAAAAUUUGAUGACUCCUACGCGGGCUGCCUCCGUGACCAACCUACUUGCUACCAGGGCAUCUGUGCGCCGACAAGCGGGGCACAGGACAACAUCUUUCAGCGUGCCUCCGGUGAGCGUAUUGAGAGCACCAGAGCCGCCGGAAGCAGUACGAGAGGCUGCUCUAAGGAUCACCGCAGCAAGUCCUCCGCCAUUGGAGCAGCAGCCCAAUCCUGAGGUGCGAGAUGCAAGUGGCAGCGGCCCGGAAGGCAGUCCUCAACGAGCAGAAGAGCAGAGAGGAUCUUCCUCGCCUUCAAUCGAGAGCGCGAGGUGUCUCAACUUCGGUGCAGAUAACGAGGAGACGACAGUGCGACAGCCAGCUGUGGCCGAAAUUGUAGAGGCCACUUCUGCAGAAGCAGGGAAGACUCGGACGGAGACGGAGGACACUGACUUCGAAAUUGCAGACCUGGGAAACAACCUGCUCCACCCAGUUGGCAUCGGUCUUCCCUCGGAGGAGUCCAAUUCGACGAUCGAAGUCAGCGAAGUCGCGUCAACAGCAGCCUCUGGUCAAGAAAACGCAGAAGCGCAAUCGCAAGUCGAAACGAUAGCUGUAAGUCCAUCGAUCUUGUUGACUUGCGAAGCGUCAGACAAAUCGCCAGAGCACUCGGAGUUGGCUCAGGAAUCGCCAGCGUCAAACGUCACCCAGUACAAAGAUGCUGAUCUGAGUCUCCCGGAAACCGACACACAAAUCAUUGACAGCGAUGAAGACGUCACCAUUUCUGCGUCCAACUUGCACGGUUCUAAUGCAGAGGCCAUGGAGAUUCUUGACGAGGGUGAUACAAUUCUCGCUCCGAUCCUGGACGUCCUCGGAGGCGCCGAUCUGACGCCUUCCGAGAUGCAGACUUUGAGACGAUCAGCGCGUACUCCGCCUCGUGCGCCGCGAGAUCCACGUAAACCCGCUGACGAGCCGCGAACACCGCAAGCUCUCCGCACAUUGAAGGCCUCAACCGAGGAGAUCGAUGCAACGCCUCGCAACAAGCCCUCUUUCACCUUUGGUCAUGCCGUAGAGCCUGACUUGCCUCGCCUUGAGAAGUACGACUUCGAAGAUGCUACUCCACUGCCGCAACGACGGGCUUCGGUGGCGUCUCCGAUCGCGAGUAAAUGUGACGUACCGGCCACGACCCUCUCAAUCGGCAUUCCGUGCAUCGUGUGGCCCUCUCUGCCUGGCGCGCCUCCUCGAGCGAAGCUGCGAGCCCUGGUGAAGUACAUUGGACCAGUCGACGGCUAUGUCGGGACCAUGAUCGGAGUCGAGGUAGCCCUCCCCCUUCCUGAAGGGUUACGGACGGUACAGCAUCUUUUCAACAGAGGUUCGGUCAACGGCAAGCAAUACUUCAGUCUCGGACCGCCCGACGUGGCUAGCAAGAAUGACGAUGGACGGCAUACCCCUACGAGCGACUCUGGCUAUAGCACGAAGUUAGUGCAGGUGCAAGGCGAGUCGCUGCUUUCCGCACACAUGCAGAUGAUGGCUCAAACAGAGAGGCAGGAGAGACGGCGCCGUAUCGAGCGCUUGCAAGCUCAUGUAGUGAGAGUCCUCUCGCCACAGGCAAGCAUUGCGGCGUCAAUAGUGGGCAGCCCAGAAUCGCUCACGUUCGACGCUCGUGUUGAGCGGUCAACUUCCUCCGCUCUUUUGCAAGGCGUGACCAGUCGCUUGAGCCAGCGUAAUGAUGGAGAAGUCGACGACGCUAGCGGGACUUUGAGUGACGCCGAGCCGGCUUCCGAUCAGUGGCACAUCGCGCACGACCGAAGGAGCGUCUCGUCCUCUGCGGCCCUCCCGCUUCCCUGCGCAGCAGCAGUGCGCUCGGCUUCUUCCUCGCGAGUACGUUCCUCGAGGACCAAGAAGCGCCACAGUGCUCAGGUACGCAAUCUAUUUCCUUUCCCAAGCGACAGUCCUUCGACCACGAGGUGCUCCUCGCCUACGAUGCUGUUCGGUAGCCGACAUGAUCCCUUUGGCAACUAUGCUGCCAGUGAAAUCGACUCACAACCACCAUCUGCAACGGCCCAAAUACAACACCGGCCAUCUUUCACUGGGUCCCUGUAUGCGCACUUUGCUGUUGCUGCACAUCGUCGACCUUCGAUGGCAGGUAGCGUCCAGUCUGCUGCGUCAGCGCGUCUCCUCUCGCCUCAUCUGACGGGAGGCAGCUUUCACAUGAGGUCUGCCUCCAGGUCGAGCAGUCGUCUGAGUUCGUCGACGGCAAGUGUGAAUGGCGAAGGAGAGGGUUGGCUGGGCCUCUUUGUCACGCCCGAGCAGGUGCUAUGGGUCUUUGACGACGUGUAGCCGGAUCAGGCUGGCAAGGCUGGCGCGGCUAAGCAUUUUCUCGAAUCUCGCCUUCAUUGCAUUCCUCUUUCUCUUCAUCAUGUCACCUGACCUGUCAUAAUCUUUGAUACCCCCACAUUCAUUCACUUCUUGACUUCAUGUCACCUCGCUCGUAUUGCGUUUUAGGUUCGGGCCGCGGGCCUGGGCCACCUGCGAGCUGGUCCCACCUCCGACGUGGGCGGA